GCUUUCUUUGUUUCUUUCUUCUGUGUUGGGACGGCGGGCGCGAGCAGCGAGCCGUUGGGAAAUGUAUGCGCUCAAUCUCCGUCCAUCAAUAUACGAGUUCCCACGCUCGCCCAAUCCCAGAUCUUUACCACAGCUUCACUCGCACAACUCUACUUCCUUCCCUCUGCACCCACAAAUCCCUUCUCCCACUCGAUUCAGUCGGAUUCCCAUCACUUCUUCUACAACUUUCUUUUCUAAUUUUCCGACGGAUUCUCCGGAAAAUGAUGGAGACUACCUCAGCUCUGAUUCAACUCUCAAUGAGACCACAUUGCCGUCUGGCAAGCAGUUCUUGGAAAACGCCUCGUGGAUUGGUCUCGCCACUAUUACUAGCAAAAUUAUGGUGAUCUUUGUUUUGCUAUCCGUCUACUCUAUGUCUUUGUUCUCUCUUUUUCCCUCCUCAUAAGAAAGGUGGAAUUUGUAUCUAUGCCUAUUGCCUAUGCAGGGAUUACUGCGGGAAAUUGUAAUGGCUUCGGUUUUCGGGAUUGGGCCAGUAGCAAUUGCAUUUAGGUGUAAAUGGUCCAAUCCAUAUUACAAUGACUACAACUCUAAGUAAACUUCCCGAGGAGCGUCAAAAGAAGCUAUUUCAGCAUACAAGUAUCAUCUUGUUCCUGGGAGGAAGUGUUUUUGCUGCUCUAGUAUUCAUAUUUGCUGAGUUUAUAAUUCAUGCUUAUGCACCUGGUUUAUGGACCUUGGUAGACGGUGAAACAACUAGAGAAAUAGCUAUUAAGCAGUUGAAAGUAAUGAGUUCCUGCAUAGCUGUUGCUGGACCUAUCGGACUUGGCUAUGCAUAUAUGAGUACAAGGGGUAAAAAUGUCCUUCCUGCUAUUUGCCCCACACUUUCUAGCUUGAUCCUGAUUGCCAGUUGCAUCUUUUAUACUUUCAGUGGACAAGGAAAUGCUCCUUAUUAUGGAGGGAUUCUUUUGUCUUUUGGAGCUGCAUUUGGCUUGUUUUUGCAAUGGGUAAUGCAGGCUCUAGUGCUUAAGGGAGCAUGGCGUAUCAAUGUUCCAUAUCCACAGAUGGAUACAUUAGCCAUCUAUGAUGUCAGCAAGUUUUUCUCAUUGCUUCUGCCAGCAACAUUUACUUCCAGCUUGGAGCAUAUUGCAUCAUUCACUGACCUAUGUUUUGCCUCACGUGUACCUGGUGCAGUGGCAGGUCUCUCAUAUGCAAAUCUUUUGGUGACUGCACCACUUGGACUACUUUCAAGCACAAUUUUACUGCCACUUUUGCCUACUUUCUCCAAACUGGCAAAGAGUGCAUCCUGGACAGACCUCACCGAAAAGCUAAGAAGUGCUAUUCUGCUAUGCAUGGUGGUUCUAUUACCCAUCUUGUCAACUGUGUCCACCUUAGCAGAACCAAUAAUCAGAGUCUUGUUUGAGCGUUUAGCAUUUAAUUCCUCUGCAACUUCUCUAGUAGCUUCACUUUUUAUUUGUUAUUCUAUUGGCACACCAUUCUUCAUUGUUAGAGACCUGUUAGUUGCAGUCUUUUAUUCCCUUGGAGAUGGACAGAGGCCUGUUCUGGUUAGCAUCAGUGCCAUUGCUCUAAAUGCCAUACUGGACUGGUUUUUGGUCUGCAGAUAUUUCCUCGGAGGACAAGGGCUGGCACUUUCAACGUCAGCCACAGCUGCACUUUCAGUUAUUCUGAUCCUUCUUCUUCAGAAGAAGCUAGCAGGAGUAUUCCAUUAUGCUGAACUUAUGUAUCCUGCUUUUCUUCUAAGCAUUUGUUGCCUCGUCUCAAGCCUUACUACUUCCAUCACUCAUGAUUUAUUGGUCCAAAUGUUGACCUCAAUCUGCAGGAAGAGGUUAGGUAGGGUGGUAGAAGCUUUAUCCAUUUGUUUGGCCAGUGCUACUGGAAUCAUCAGCUUCUUUGUUCCAGUUAUAUUGCUUUAUUUUUCAGGAUUUAAGAUGCCUGGUUUAUCAGGGUUGCUGGGCUGGUUAACCAAUAAGCCAGAAACUGUUGCUUAAUUCUCUUGCAAUAUGCCAAAAACAGAAAGCUCUGGAAUCUGGAUUAUCAUUGGGUAGUUGGUAAGUAGUUGUUAGCUGAUUGGGCUAGUGGAUUUGAGUAGUUGAUAGCAUUAGCUGAUUUUAGAAAAGUACUUGGUAAAUUGGCCGAUAAUUACAUGUAAAAUGACUCUAUCAACACUAGGAAUCAAUUGGAGUUAUUUUUUUUUUUUUUAAAAAACAAUAACAUUUUUGUAAAUAACUCAAACUU